AUGUGGGCGGAGCUGCGGCUGGGCGGAAGUGCGGAUGUCGGCGGAGCUGGGGUGGAGGUUCAGCCGGAAUUUCGGUCGCGCGCGCUAUUGAGGGUGGCGGAGCUGGCCGGCGGGACAGUGAAGAUGGCGAUUGCCAGUGUUCGGAUGAGUGCGGCGGCGGUAUGUGGCGGUGUAGGCGGUGGCCGACAAGCGAGUCCCCGUGUGACCUUUGCUGCGCGGCCCUUUCCCCCUCCUCGUUAUCUUCAUCUGAAUUUCAUCAUUUUCACCAAAAUCGUUCAAUUUAUGGCUCUCGACAACAUUAUAACCUCACCUCACCGAAGAUCUCAGUCGCAGACUGCAUUUUCACAGCCUAAUUCACUGAAAAAACAGCAGUCGAGAGGUGAAGAGUUUGGAAGCUGCUCGACUCUUGUUCAGAGGCAUCGGUUUCUUCUUACGGCUCUUGCUCUCCUUGCAUUCUUGUGCACUAUUUAUCUCUACUUUGCCGUGACUCUUGGAGCUGGCGAUGAUUGCUCGGGCUUAGUUGGGACCCAAAAGGCGACCUGCCGUUUGCGGAUGGCGAAAGGGUCGGUGGCUAAGGGAAAAUUGAAAUUCUUUUAG